AUGACCAGUGCUAAUCUGCGCUACCUCAAAGCAUCCAGUCUCAUAUCUAUUAUUGAACACUAUAAUUCCUAUCAAGACUAUCAUGGCCUCUGGAGUACUCUGAGAAACAGAUCACACUCUAAAGGAACAGGUGUUCAACCAGCCUCCGUUACACCACUCACUGCUUCUUCAGCGUCGAUUACACUCUGUGUUGAAGCAUCCUCACCCGGACAGGACAAGCGGAGAAAGCUGCACUACCCAGCCUUGGUCAUUGUGACAUUGAAAUGCGUAGCUUCUAAUACUCUCACCGAGGCAGCCAUGUCCACUAUGACGCUGAACUCCUAA